UGCCAUUAACGGAUUUUUCUUUCUUGUGUUAUUUCCAGGUAUGAUGCGGUGGCUCGUGGUGACGGUGAUGGCGGUCGGCUUCGGAGCCCUUUGCGCCGAUGGCCAAGCAGCCGACGCCCGCUCCGUGAGCACAGGGACCCUCAACGCCUUCGUCAGGGCCCUCCAGCUUUCCGAGGGAGGAGCCCCGAGCCCCCCCGCCCAGCCCUCCCUCUCUGCGGAGCCGACGGAGCCGCCCUCGAGAUUCAGGUUCGAGACGAAGCGACCAGACAACAGCCGCACCGGCUCGAGGAUCACCUUCAUUCCUCAGGACCGCGUGGACCGCUUCCGGCGCCCUCAGGCGUCCAGCGCCGACCCCACCAACUUACCCGCGGCCAGCCAGGCGUCGUCGCCGUCCGCCGCGUCUCCCGCGUUGAACCUGAGGUUCACGACGCCCGCGCCGUCCCUCGCCGAGCCCGUCGACGACAACGCCGCCCCCGGGAACUACGACGACUACUACUACUAUGACUACUACUACGACUACUAUGACGACCAGAACGGCACCGAGAGCGACCUCGGGCCGCUCGACCCCCCGACCCGGCAGACGGAGCCCUCCACCCGCCCGACGGAGCCCUCCACGCGGCCCACGCAGCCCACCACCGCCAAGCCCUUCCGCUUCGCCUCGCGCGACUCCCCGCGCGACUCCACGCGCACCACGCGCCGGCCUGCGCUGCCGCGACGCCCCAGCAGCGACGGCGGCGACGGCGACGACGGCAGCAACAGCGCGGCGGGCAGGUACUCGACGCUGUCGCAGCUGAUCGCGAGCCUCAAGCAGAAGUCGCAGGACGAGCCUCCGCCGCCGCCGCUCACCAACAGCCUGUCGGGCGCCGGCGACGACAACAACCGCGACAGCCGCGUGCUGCAAAGCCCCGCCCCCUUCUCCGUGGGGCGCGACGAGGAGCGCGACGCCGCGCGGCCCAGCGUGGAGGUGCGCGUGACCAACUCGACCGAGAGCUCCGUCGUGGUGGCGUCCGUGCAGACGUCGCACAGCGUGAGCGUGAGCGAGGGCGUCGGCCCCACGACGCGCCUGCCGCCAGUGGGCCCUCCUGCCCCGUCCUUCGCCUCCUCUUCAACCGCCCGAACCACGACCUCCUCCACGUCGUUCCCCGCUCCUGAAACCAUCGAGGAGGCGCAGGAGACGACCACCCGCCGCUCGCUCUCCGACAUCCACGAAACGGUGGACGUCGCGCCGGCCAUCCUGCCCGGCCAGGCCUCCUCCUCGACCCCCGCCCCGCGCCCGCCCAAGCGCCUCGACGACUUCUUCCCCAACAUCAAUAGCGACAGUGGCGCCACCGAGAAGGCUUCGCGACUCCCCGAGGGCCCGCCGGUCACCACCUCCACGGAGACGGCCUCCAAGCCGCGCCUCGAGAGCCUCUUCAACAUCGAGAUCGACACCAAGGGGCACACCAUCACGGCCACCGAUGCCAGGCUGGGCGCCGUCGAGGUGGCCGACAUCUCGUCCUUCCUGCCGCCGGGCUUCGUGGCGGAGGACACGACCAGCUCCUCCACCUCGACCACUUCCUCCACGACCACGUCCACAUCCACCACGGAGAAGGCCGUUCCCCCGCCGGAGACGACCCCAGAGUCCUCCAGCACAACCUCCACGUCCACAACUCAGAAGACCAACCUCCUGGAACUGUUCUCGGCCAUCCAGAGUAGCACAGACUCCACCUCCACUUCCACCACCUCCACCACCACCGAGAAGGGUCCCCUUUCCGGACUGCUCAGCGACACAGACUUGGUGGACGUGUCCGCCUUCCUGCCCCCGGGCUACAAGCCCUCGGAGCAGCCGGAGACGGCCGAGGCGACCACGAAGAAGGCUCCGGUCAUCGUCACUGUGGACCCGUCGGCCUUCCUCCCGCCGGGCUUCAAGCCCUCGGAGGAACCGCCCAGCGAGAGCGCCACGCCCCUGGUCCCCGAGAUCAAGACCGUCGAUGCGUCCGCCUUCCUCCCCCCUGGCUACAAGCCCUCCGAGGAACCCCCGAGCGACGCCACCACCCAGAGGCUUCCCGUCAUCCAGACUGUGGACAUUUCUGCCUUCCUGCCUCCUGGCUACAAGCCGACGGAGGAGUCCGCUGCUGAGACCACCACCAAGAAGAGCCUGGCCAUCGAGGCGGUAGAUGCCUCGGCCUUCCUGCCUCCAGGCUACAAGCCCUCGGAGGAGCCGGCCGGCGACAGCACCACCAAGAAGGUGCCCGUCGUUCAGACCGUCGACAUCUCGGACUUCCUUCCUCCGGGAUACAAGCUCAGCGAGGAACCAGAGGAGGACGCGACGAAGCCUCCCUUGAUCCAGGCUGUUGACGUCUCCGCCUUCUUGCCUCCGGGCUAUAAGCCUUCCUCGGAGGGCGACUCCUCCUCCUCCUCCUCCUCCUCCUCCUCCUCCUCCUCCUCCUCCGACUCGACCACCACCACCACCACCACCGCGAGCCCUGGACCCAAAGGCUUGGUGUUCCCGCGCCGCCCAAGCCGCCCUUCCUAUCUGACGACGCCCAAGCCCACGGCCCCACCGGCCUCCGGCCCCCCGCCCUUCAAGCCCACCUUCAGGAACCUCUGGGAUGCUGUAAAGACGACCACGGAGUUCACUGGCUGGAAGCCCACGACGGAGGCAACGCCCGCCGGCGGAGCCCCCAAGGCGAAGGACAAGUCGAAGAGCACGACCACUACCACGAGCACCACGACCACCACCACCACGACCACCACAACGCCCACUCCAAGAAUAACAACUCCAGGUGUGUGUGGGUCCAAGUGCCGCCUGGCAGCAACCAUCAGGAUUAUCGACGGCACCGAGUGGCGCCCUGUGCUGUCCAACAGGGACACGACGGAGUGGCAGGAGCUCGCCAAUACGGUGGAAAUGGAGCUGGACAUGCUCUUCCGCAACAGCCCCCUGUCCCCCUGGUACGACGGCGUUGAAAUCGACGCCUUCAGCCCGGGCUCUGUGCUGGUCGACUACAUUCUGCAUCUGAUCGAAGUCACGACCACACUCGACACGCUCGACCUCAAGGACAUCGUCAACGGCGAGAUGGUCAACAACGAUUACUUUUUGGGAAAUUACACUCUCGAUCCCAAGUCUACGGAUUUCAGAGUUCUGCACGAGAGAGAGCAACUGAAAGAAGAAGAAAAUUCAGGUUACCUCAUUCCUCAGUGGCUUAUUGCCGUCAUUGUUAUAGGACUGGCUUCCCUCCUCUUCAUCCUCAUUUUUGGAAUUACUGUUUAUGUGAAUCGAACCUGUUGCAACAUUGUCAAGCCCAACGAAGCUCCACUCACUGAGGAAAUGCUCAACGAUUGCAAUCUGGUGAACCGUGCAAGGGUCAAGAAGCGCCAUGAUGUUCCUCUCACAGCCGAGAUGCUGAAUGAACUGAACAAGGCUCACAUGGCAGGCAUUGACGGGCCAUAUGACAUGGGUGGCCUCUACGAUAUGGAGGGCAUCUGGAAUGAGAAGUUUGACAGGAAGGUGGCCAAGCCUCCUUCAAGCAGAGGAAAGGGCUACAACCCCAACUACAACAUCAACAUCUAUGACUCAUGGCGCACUGACUGGUCCGGUCCUUAUGGCUCCUCUGCUACCUAUGCCAAGAGACGUCCUGACACCAAUUUCUGACAUGAGGACUCUCAAGAGGAGGACAUAGAGGACUUCUAGACAGGAGGCAUCAUCCUAGGGUUCCUGGUGGCAAGGACAGCUCUUCCCCUCUGAGUGUGUGUGUGCACAUUUGGAGGAUCUUGGUUUUUGACCUUCAGAAUCAGCUCACAGUGUUGCUUCAAGAGGAGUGGAACCCGAGUGUCAUCUGCAGCCUCCAAAACCAAAGAUUUUUUAAGGGGAUUGGCUUUCCUCCUUUGCCUUGCCAGGACCAGGAGGACGAGGAGUUGGUGCUUGUGUGGGUUUUUCUUGCAUGUUGCACCAGCCCUCUUGCCUUUUGGUGAAGCUUGCACACGCUGUCUGUAGACCUCCACAUUCAGGAACCACUUUUAUAUGACUGUUAAGUUUUAAGAAAGUCUAUCAUUUUGAUGACUUGUGGAGAGUGUGUGGGCUUCACCAUGUCUAGUUGGCCUUAUUGGAUCGUGUUUAACACAUUGGCCGUUCAUUUACCUAGCUCUGCUUUGUCGACAUUCAAUGGCACUCUGUAGCCUACCUCUGUUGUGCUGUUAUACUCAACUAUGGUGCACAAGAUAACAUCACUGACAUGUGAUGUCUUACCUGACUAUGAAUCUGUCAAAAUUAUUGCACAGAACCUAUCUUCAGCCUGACUAAUUCCUCACAUAUUUGAACACUCCUGAACUGUAGCCGAAGUGAACACGGUCCUGUCUCCUUUUGGGAACAUGUUUUGAUAUAUAAACGCUUUCAAAAGUGUAAAUUUCUCUAUGCUUUUUAUUUUACGUAAUAAGCAGAGAGCUGUAUACAUAUGAAGACAUAUAUGAAAUUAUAAUUUGUACAUCUAGAAUAGAUUUUAUAAUGAUAUCAGCACUGAAGUUAAUAGAAUAGAUGAAUCUUGAAUCAAGUUGUAAUUUAAACAUACUGCACAAGAUUUUAUUUUUUAGAAAACUUCUAAUAAAUUUCAUAUAGAUUACAGUUUUAAUGUCUUGUAAAGAUAACAUUUCAAAGCAUUUUGUGCUGAGGAGCACCAUUUUCCAGGAAAUUUUUUAUAUAUGAAACAUUCUAGUGUGCUACACUAGUAUAUCAGCGUUCUAUAGCGAACUUGCCUAUAGUCAGCUUUUUUAUAUAUAAAAGAUAGAAGUCCUAUUGCCUGCAGGAAUUCAGUUUGUCACUUAAAUAGGAGUCCUGUAUAUGUGGCACCCCUUGAUCCCCACCUCUAGGCUCAUUUUGCACCUGUUCCUGUGUUUUACCUCCUCUCCAUCUCCUCCCCAACUCGGUGAACAAUAUCAAACAAAUCACUAAGCGUUUUAAUUUUAAAAGAAAAAAAAAAAAAAAAACACAAAAAAAAGGAAUAAUAUGAUUCUGAUGAUAUAUAGAAAUGGGUGCAUAAAGUAACUUGUAAUCCAUUCACAUACCAGAAGGAGGGGAAAAUUUGCAGGAAUGAAUGGAGAGGGAGAAAUACUUAGGGUGGGAGUAUGACAAUGCCACAUACACAGGGCUACUAUCUAUGCAGGCAGGUAUAAUACAUAGUUUUGGGUUACAUCAGGUUCAUGUGAAAAUAAGCCUGUUGUGCCAGAACAGCUCCAAUUUCGCACAAAAAUGAUAUUACCGUGUGUCCUUUACCAGCGAUCAUGAAGUCUGAGUUGCCCAUUUGAAACAAACUUUGGUGAACUGUGAUAACAUUUUAAAGUAAGGCAGUUUGUAACACUUGGCAAUAUUUGCUUAUGUUUCGGAUAAAAACCCAGUUUUUGAGUAAGAUAGAAAGUAUUAGACAGUCCAAGAAUAAUGCAAGUCUUCAUUUUUCUCCUCCUUUUUUUUUUGUCGUUUGGGUGAUAUUUUAGGAAAUUCUGAAUGUAAUCUACCUUAUACAAGAGUGAGCUAGAUCAUGGUGCCACUAAGGGUCAAGUUUUUUAAAAUAUGGGUCUCAAGCUCAACGUUAUUGGACCUAUAGUAAAAAAGAUUGUUACAUUGAAACACUUUCAGUAUUGGAGUUCGAGAAUCAUAUCUCGAGGAACUUUAGUUACGCUGACAUAUUUGACUGGAUGUAGGAAAUAUAGAAAACUAUUUCAGAAUUUAGCUGUUUGGUCAGCAAAUAUAGUUUUAGACUUUAUUACUCCUUAGCUUGUAAGUAACACAUUAUGUAUAGAUAACCAAUAAUAUUUAUGAAUGUAAAUUCUUAUUUUUUAGUGGCAUUCACUUUUCAUGUGAUGAAUGUAAGUGCAUCAAUGGAUGAUAUCUGGAAAAAACAAUAUUUAAGAAGUUUGUUUUUUUCUGAUCUGAUAUAACAUUCUUUUUUUUUUUAAGCAAAAUAUACUUUGUGGUCCUCUCUGUAUUUUAGGGUUAGUUGCUGUCUUGUCACUUAUUACUCAAAACAAUAUAAACGGAUUAUGUGAAAAUACUCUUAACUGUGUUUUAUGUAUAUAACUGUACAAUUUAAAAUGUUAAAGCAUUAUAAUCUUGAUUUCCUUAUGAUGUAAGUAUGAGAUGUAGCUUUUUUUCAACUAUAUUCUUCUUAUCUUAUUAGCAAAGGUGCACGAUGCACUGUUGUCAACUUCCGUAUCAAAUAACAAUAAUGUAAGCAAGGAAAAAAAUAUUUUCUUAAGUACACCAUACAGUUGUAGUGAAAUUAAAGUAGAGAAUUCCUUUAAUAAUGAACAAGAACCUCUAGUAAUGUAAGUAAGAUGGACAAAUGAGUGUCUGAAUGAAUGAAUGUUUAUAAUGCAUCCAGCAAAGGGUUGCGUGUUUCCUCUGACAGCCAUGUGAGCAGAUGAUUUCAGAAUGUCACAUCUAGUCUGGAUGGAUGUUUGAAUGUGUCCUGUCAGUCAUCUGGAAAUUGUAUGGAUAUGAUGAAAUAAUUCCUUCCAUUUGAGACACAGUGAAUAAAACAUGUAAGUCUAAUCGAAGAAAUCAAAUAUACAAUACUUAACAUAUAAAUCAUAACCAGUUUUACAGUCUAGAAUGGUUUCCUACUAGCGUAAAUACUCAUAGAUAUCACUUAGUCUUGUAUUCCAUGAAUCCUAUGAUAUAUAUUUUCAUGGUAUGAUUCCUGUACUAUGGCAUACUUGUGGCCCUGGAUGGCCAUGUUAGAGUUGCAUCUUUUGCAUUUCUGCACAACUGACUAAGUCUGUACAUUUGUAAUAUAGCUGGUUUAUACACUGUAUCACCUGUAAAAUAAUGGGUGAUACAUAAGGGGCCAAGGUUUCAUAAUAAAAUACACUUAGUACAUAC